ACUCAUUAAUUGUGUUACCUCUCCAGGUUAUCAGGAAGCCAUACGAAGAACCACUUCCUGUGUUUAAAUCACAAUAUUCUCCCACUUAUGACAGUGAUAUUGAUCAAGAAGUCGAAGAACUAACCUCAACGAAGCCAACCUUUAUCUCACCUCGCCCUCGCUCUGUGAGCCCUUUCUUGUAUCGAAGCAGCUUCAGGGACCGCUAUGGUGAUUCCCUGUACAGUCUACCUUAUUCGUCAAGUUACUACGAUAGUCUAUAUGAAAGGGAACUUGACAGAGCCAGAGCUCGUCGGCUUGCUCGCUUGUAUAGCAGUUACUACAAUUCUUUAGAUGAUCUUGAUUUAGAACUACGGCUAGCUAGAAUUC